AUGACCACUCCCGAGGCGCCAAUAGGCGCGAGAGUCCAGGUAUCCUCUGGGAUCGGGCAUGUGCGGUGGUCGGGAACCAACCCGGCCUUCUCGGCUGGCAAGUGGGUGGGAGUGGAGCUUCUCGAAGCGGUAGGAAAGAACGACGGCUCAGUGAAAGGCGAACGAUACUUUGAUUGUCAACCUAAUCAUGGGGUCUUUGUCCGGCCGAGUCAGGUCAAAGUGCUGGAAAUGCCCAGACCGGCUUCGACCUCCAUGCGACCGCCGCCCGCGCCUCAAGCAUCCUCAUCCCUUUCAGCCUCGACCACCACCUCACGCGGUCCUUCCCCGCGCAAGUCUUCAGCUCCAGUCCGGGCAGGACCCUCUACUCCAAUCAGGUCGACCUCUAUGGCGUCCACCACCACCUCUUCCGCCGCCAUGUCCCGCAAGUCAUCUACCCCGUCCGCCAUCCCAGCUCCCCGCCCAUCGAGCGUCGCUUCGUCCAUACCGCGCCCACCUUCCGUUUCCGAAGCGACGCCCCGCCCGGGCGUCCGAGCGCCGAGUCAAGCCUCUACGCACGUCGAUGAUGAUCCAUCAGCAUCGCGUAAUGUAUCGCCAACUCCCGCAAGCGCCAGCUCUUCCAUGCCCCCUCCACCUCCCCCGCCCAGGUCUACCGUUUCACCAACCCCAGUAUCAACAGAUAUGGCGUCACGACCCUCGCACAACCGGUCCUUCUCGUCCACCAUGUCCAUAGGGGGACACUCUCGAGAGUCCAUACCCCUUCGAGCACCUACGCCAGCCGAGGAAUCAGCCUCUGCUGCUUUUGUGCUCAAGCACGAGCUGGAGGAGCUACGUAUCAAAGUGAGGAUACUGGAGGGGCGAAAGGUGGAGGACCAGGAUAGGAUACGGAGUCUGGAGACGAAGGCUGCUGAGGCGGACACACUCCGGUCGGCCAGAGUCAAGCUACAAGCCAAGUUCCUCGAGAUCCAAGCUUCGCUCACAUCGGCCCAGCGCCAAUCCAAAGAUCUUUCUUCUGAGAACACCCAGCUUGAGGCCAAAGCCACCGAAGCGAUGGAUCAGCUGGAAAUGGCCGCGUUGGAUAGGGAGAUGGCGGAGGAGAAGGCGGAAUCGGCCGAAGCGGAAGUGCAGAAGCUGAAUGAUAAGCUUGCGGAGUUGGAGAUGGAGGUUGCGUUGUUGAAGGAGGAGAACGCGGAGUACGAGAAGCCUGUCAGUGGACUUGAGGGGGAACGGACGAGCUUGGCGUAUGUGCAGCUGGAGAAACACAACGAGAGGUUGAAAGAGGCUCUCAUACGGCUGAGAGACGUAUCCACCGAAGCGGAAAAGGAGUACAAGUCCAAGAUUGCAGAUAUGGAGCGCGAGCUCUCUGGGUCUGAGGACCUGCUGAGCCAGCUCGAACUCGCCGAAGCCAAGCUCGCGAAUGCCGAAGCGCAAGUCGAGGACCUCAAGGUCCAGCUGGACGAUGCGCUCGGAGCGGAGGAUAUGCUUGAGCAGCUCACAGAGCGGAACAUGCAGAUGAGCGAACACAUUGAGGAGAUGCGAGCGACUAUAGAAGAUCUUGAGGCGCUCAAAGAGCUCAAUGAUGAGCUGGAGGAGAAUCAUGUGGAGGCGGAAAAGCAGCUCAAUACGGAGAUAGACAGGAUCUCCGGACAGCUGAGGGAUGAGCGAAGUCGAUCGGCCGAGCUGGACGGGAUGAUUUAUGAUCUGGAGACUACUUCUGCGCAAUUUAGAGAGCUCGUCACUGGCUUGCAGAGUGAGAUUGAAGAGCUCCGUCUUCAACAAGCGACGCAGGAACACGAGACGGCCGCUACGUCCGAACAGGCCCAGGCGCUCAUGGAUCUGAAUAUCAAGCUUCAGAGCUCUGCGACAAAGGCACAGGGAAAGACGAUCGAGAUGGAUCUGAGAAAGCUGGAGGCUGCGCAGCUUGCUGAACAGACGCGGAUCAUCACAUCCUACCUUCCAGAUGCAUACCACGAGACCGACGCGGACUCUACGAUCCUCUACCUCUUCUUCCACCGCCUCUCGGCCAAAAUCGACCUUCUUACCAACGCCAUCGCCACGAUCCACAAUCUCCCCUCCGCACUGCACAUGGCCGAGUCGGAAGCUCUCGUCGGCGUGUGCGAGCUCCGAGGCAAGCUCCGACAAUUUUCGAAUAUCAACGCGAGGUUCGCGGGGAUCAUGCAGCGGUCCACGCCGGACGAGUGGGUGGGGUAUGGCAAGGUGUUGCUGGAAGUGACGGGUGUGGAGGGGCGGGUGGAUGGGUGGAUUGGGUCGGCGAAGGGGGAUGGGUUUAGCGAGAUGAAUUGCGCGAGGGAGCUGGCUAGCUUGAUUGCGCAAUUCGAGCACCUGGCUAGUACGACCUUUGCCCGUCCCGACCUGGACAUCGUGGAACAACAACUCGGAUACGCUUAUAAUCUCGAAGCUGACCUGGACAACUUUGCUGCGGCUGUUGGGUUUGCCAGGCAGGCUAUACUGAGUUUGACGCAUGAUGAAGACAUCGAGAUCGAGACGGGCGAGUCUAGUCUGGAAGAAGGAGUAUAUGCGCCGGUGCAGAUGAUUCUGGAUCUUGUUCGGAGUGUGCGGGUACCUUCUACAAAACUGGUCAGCGCUGUGGAAGACCUUUCGAAGCAGAGCCUUGCGCUGGUACCCGAUCUGAUCGAGGCGCUGAGCGAUCUGGCCGUAUCAGUCUCGAACGCCGUGGAUCUUGCGGUACAGCUCGCGCAGAUGAUCGGCGCACACGCCGCCUCUAUUCGCUUUUCCAAACAACCCCUCCGCCUCUCCGACAUCGACCACUUCCUCCUCGAGGUCACCGCGCAGUCCGCUGCCCCAAAAGACCUGCACCCUUGGGACGUCAUCGCGGCCUUCAUCUCGCGCCUCGGGGCCCAACUCUCCUCCACCCUCCCUCGGAUCCGUUCCGCCUCCAAAUCCACACCCUCCGCCGUCAUCCUCCUCUCGCCCCCACUCCCCUGGCUCGGCCGUGUCGAAACCAUCAAGGCCGCCGCGCAGUUCAAUGCCGAAACCGAGCGUAAUGUUUUGCGGUUGACAGAAGAGAGCAAGGACAUGCUGCGCGAGAUUCGGAUAAGGGACCAAAGCCUGCAAGAGCAGGGCGUCAAGGUGGAGAUGCUAGAAAGGAGGUUGGAGGCGACGCGCAAGUUGGCGGAUACGGUGUUGGAGUUGGAGAAUGAUGUGGCGAAGACGAGGAAGCAGGAGAAGGUUUAUGAGGACGCGAUUGAGCAGAUGCAGGGGGAGUUGGAGGCUAUGGAGGGGGAGAAUGCAAAGUUGCGGAAGAGUGGGGAACCGAAGCUGACAUUCUCAGUAAACGCUUCUUCAUCUUCUGAGCCGAUAAUCUAUGCUCCGAGUGGCGCCGAGUCGUCGCAGCUGGUCGAGCAGAUCGAGAAUCUUCGGAACGCCAUCCGGUACCUCCGCUCCGAAAACGCCCUCCUUCGCUCCAAAGACCUCUUCUCGGCACUCCACUCCCUCCCUUCACUGCCCUACACCCCCUUCAUCGCUCCCGAACCCUCGGUGCCCGAACUCGACCCCUCCACCCCCGACUCGCCCGCCUCAUCCACCUCCUCCCUACCCGAAACGCCCACCCGCCACGCUCUCGAAACAGAGUCCAAGUUGCUCUUUAGGGAGAUAACGGCGUUCCAGUCUUCGCCGCGCAUCGUGGAUAUAAGUCAGCUCGGCGCGGAUAGCACCAGCGGAGGGUGGAGGAGCCGGAAGAAGAGCCCAGAGGUGCAGGUUUGGGAGUGGCGCAAGAGGGAGAAGGAGCUUGGGAGGCGGGUGGAGGGCUUCAAAGAGCGGGUCAGGAGUUUGAGCGUGAGGACUGCAGUUGGGUGA